AAAAACCACAUUAAUUUAUCGAUCUGGAUGAACAACCCAAAUGAACAGAACAAAUCGAAUUGAAGGAAUGGAUUCAUCACAGAACUCGUCUUCCGCGGCAGCAACUGGUAAUGGCGCCAUCACCCAAACCAACGUUGCAGACGAUCCAAAGCAGAAUCUCAACCAAGUCAUCAACUCUAUACAGAAGACUCUUGGUCUUCUCCAUCAGCUUCACCUCACUGUUUCCUCUUUCAGCGUCGCUUCUCAACUCCCUCUCCUGCAACGCCUGAAUGCUUUGGUUUCGGAGCUUGACACAAUGCAGAGAUUAGCGGAAAAUUGCAACAUUCAGGUUCCUAUGGAGGUGGUUAAUUUGAUUGAUGACGGAAAGAAUCCGGAUGAAUUUACGAGGGAUAUUAUCAAUAGCUGCAUCUCUAGAAAUCAAAUUACCAAAGGAAAAACUGAUGCGUUCAAGGCUUUGCGUAAAAAUCUCUUGGAGGAGCUUGAACAAGCAUUCCCUGAUGAAGUGGAAGCUUAUAGGGAGAUACGUGCAACUUCUGCUGCUGAAUCAAAACGGCUCGCCCAGUCACACAGUAUUUUACCAAAUGGAGAUGUGAAGGUUAAGGCUGAGCAUUAAUUGGAAGUUUGUUGGGUAUCAGAUUCCUAAAGUUGUAUGUGUUUGACCAUGGCUGUACUUGAAAUUCCUUCUGAUUGCAUUGUAACAAUAACUUCUAGGACCUUGUAGAGAGACUAUGUUAUCAACCAAUAUCUCAAUGGGUGCUUUUUGUUCAUAGAUCCAUUGUUUUUUUUUGUUUUUUGGGAUAGGUAGACCCAAGGAGAGUUGAACUUGUGAUCUCUUUAUUGCGAGGUGAUGGUCCUUGCCAACUGAACUACCGCUUGGGUUGCAUAUAUCCAUUGUUGUAAUAUGUUGGAAAUUCAAUUUGAGAUGAUACUACAAUGUUAGCUUUUUGA